GGCGGUUGUAAGUUGUGGAGAAGAUACAUCGUUCAGCCGACUGAGACGAGUUUAGUUCUUUUAGGCAUUUUCUCCUUUUAACUACUAAUACAGGCAGCCCACUGUUUACAAAAUGGGGGUGAAAGAUCGCCCUCAGUGCUAUUUUGAUGUGGAAAUCAACAGAGAACCAGUUGGACAAAUUAUCUUUCAACUGUUCUCCGAUAUUUGUCCCAAGACAAGCAAAAAUUUUAUUUACCUGUGCACUGGUGAGAAAGGCAGUGGCAAAACUACAGGGAAAAAAUUAUGCUAUAAAGGCUCAACUUUCCAUCGAGUGGUAAAAAACUUCAUGAUCCAGGGAGGUGAUUUCACUGAGGGCAAUGGAAGAGGAGGAGAAUCUAUAUAUGGUGGUUUCUUUGAAGAUGAGAACUUUACUUUCAAACAUGACAGAGCCUUCCUCUUGUCGAUGGCCAACCGUGGCAAAGACACAAAUGGGUCCCAGUUCUUCAUAACUACAAAGACAGCGCCUCAUCUAGAUGGAGUGCAUGUGGUCUUUGGGCUGGUCAUCUCUGGCUUUGAGGUUAUAAAGAAAAUUGAGGGGCUGAAGACCGACUCAGCCAGCAGACCUUAUGCUGACGUCAGAGUGAUUGAAUGUGGACAGCUGUUUACGAAGUCUGCUAACGAUGUGCUUCAAGACAAGAGGAGGAAUGUGUUCCACUCUGAGGAUGACUCUCAGUGUACUUCUGAGUCUACAUCUGGAGGGGAGUCUGACAAAAAAUAUGCAUCUCAAAAGAGGAAAAGAAGCACAAAGAGCAAGCAUUCAAAGAGAAAAAGAAGAGAGACAGAGAAGAAAGAGAGACACACUGUUAAAACAGCAGGACAUGGAAGUCAUGCUGAGGGAGAGAUGGCAGAGGAAGAUGAUGGUGAUGUUGGGCAGAAUGUGAAAAGGGAGAAGCCUGUGGUUCGACCAGAAGAGAUCCCACCUGUGCCAGAGAACCAUUUCCUACUUCGCAGAGACAUGCCUACUCAGGAGGAGACAAUACAAAUGGCUUUAAAGGAGACAGUCGUGGCACCGAAUGUCCCCAAACCAGCCAUCACAAAAUCUGGACGCAAGAUCAAAGGCCGUGGAACUAUGAGAUAUCAUACACCUCCUCGGUCAAAGUCCCGAUCAGAGUCAGAGGGUGAAAGGGGGAGCAGUGAGACUCCCCCACAUUGGAAAGAGGAAAUGCAGAGGACAAAGGUUUACCAGCCCCCCAGUGUGGAGAGAUGGAGUAAAGGAGAAAGAUGGGAUGACAGAAGUGACACCCCAAGGUCUAGGUCAAGAUCAGGAGAGCGAUCCUUAAGCGAGUCCUCUGUAUACUCCUGCCGGCAUCGAUCCAAAAAAGAAAAGAAAACUAAACGCAAGAAGAAAACCAAAAAAAGAAAACCCUUAAAGAAACAUAAAAAGAGCAAGUCCAAGGAGACCUCUCUGUCUGAGGGAGAGAUGUCAAGCUCCUCAAGCAAGAGGUCAAAACACUCAAGCCGUGCUGGAAGGAGACACUCUCGGUUGUGCUCUCGUUCUCACUCUAAUUCACAUCCAUCCCACAGAUCGUAUCGAUCAGAGUCAGACAGGAGACGAUACUCAUCAUGCUCUUCUAGAGAUUCACGAUCUUAUUCGAGAUCCAGGAGCAGAUCUUAUUCCAGAAGUUACUCAAGAUCUGAGAGGCGGUUGCGAUUUUCCUUGAGGUCAAGUCAUAGUCGAUCUGGGCAGUCUAUUACACACACUAGGUCACUGUCCCAUUCUCAAUCCAAAUACAGAGCAAGUUCAAGAACCAGGUCAAAUACCCCACCUUGUACUAACAAAAUAAAUGUGAGAUCCCCUCGAAAGUCAAAGACUACAGAGGGUGCUGUUUCCAAACAGGACAAGCCAGUGCCUACAGCAGUUCAAGGUGUAGAACCUAAAGCCCCACCAGCUGUGUCCUUCGAAAAUGUCUCUGUGUUACCUGUGAGUGACAGUCCACCACCCUCUCGAUGGAAACCAGGCCAGAAACCUUGGAAACCCUCUUACGUUCACAUUCAAGAGAUCAAUAAAAAGUCAAUGCCAGGUUCAAAAGCACUAAUCAGCCCAUCAACAAAUGCACCUCUUGAGACAAUGUCCUCUCUUAAGCCAGACACUGCCAUUAGUCAAAGGGACCACAGCAGCCAUAUCGUUGUUCGACUGCUGCAAAGGAGUUUGUCCAGGAGCAGGUCACCCAGUCAGUCAAGAAGCAGCAGCAAAUCACUAAGCCAUUAUGACAGCAGAUCUUCAUCCCUUAGUAGGUCCAAAUCAUAUCGUUCAUACAAAAGAAGAUUUGCUGAAAAGAGAACACAUCGUACUUCUAACAGAAAUAGCCAAAAGAGGAACAAGAAUGCAAAUCAUAGCAGUGACGACAAAAAUGCGUCUUCCUUUUCAGAGGAUGGACCAGAUAGUCCACACAAUCCUAUCCAGAGAGACAGUAAUUCCUUGGCACAAAUAAAUACACUUGAUUCUCUCUCAUAUUUAAAGACCGCAGCAAUGAAAGGCAAGAAACCUAGUCAAAAGAAUGAACUGUUAGUGGACAAGAACAGUAAAUCUGGAUGGGAAAGUGAAGGAGAGAACUCAAGUAAGAUUAAUAAUGCUACUGAACAUAACCAACUCUCUGCGAAGGAUGAAGGAAGCCUUACUGAAAUGAAAAAGAGUCAUUGCUGGGAGUCUGAGAGUGACUCUGAAAUGUCAGACAAAAAGACAGUUGGUGAUGCCAAACAUGUGUCUGAAAAGGAGGAAGGAGAGGCCAGUUCAGAAUCUGAGAGUGAAAAUCUUUUUUGGCCUUCUAACAAAUCAAACAGAGUAGUAGAAAUGUCUGGGGAAUUAAAAUGUAAUGAGGAACACUCUGACACAAAAACUAUGAAACACAAGAACAAGAAAGGCAAGCGUAAACACAAGCACAAGAGGAGGAACUCUUCCAGGUCAGGAUCUCGCAGAUGCAAGAGCAAGAAAUCUAUGAAGCACCAAAAGCCUAAAGAGAUAUUCCACUGGCAGCCUCCACUUGAGUUUGGUGAUGAAGGUGAAGAGAAUGAUUUGGUUGUUCAGGCACAGUAUGUAGAACUUGCGAAUCCUGAUGCUGUCAACAGUGCUGAAAAAAGUAGGAUAAAAACUGGCCCAAUUAAGCCCCAUGGCUUGGAGAAUCAGGAACAUGGAACUCCAGAGUCACCUCAAGAUAAAUGUUCAACAGAGUCUCAAAGAGUUUUUGAUGAGAAUGAGAAGACUGAAAAACAAAAAUCAAAGCUCAAUAGCAGCACAGAAAGAAGUCCAGCUCAAAGCCAUCCAGAGGUCCAUGCAAAUCAUUCAGACACUAAUUUGGCAAAUAACCAAAAUAGACUACAAGAUAAAGUGGAGAUAUGCACUCCAGAGGACGUCUCUGUGGCUAAGCAACCAGGGCCCAAAGUGAUUGGCUUUUCUCAGUUGAAAAAUAUUUUGAAUAAUGGCAGUGCGCUUGUGCCACCUAAUAUCGAAAAAGUGAGCUCUGUUAUGACUGAAUCUGCUUUAGCCCAUUGCAGUCAGCUACAGGAAACUGUACCUGAUAAUGCUUCUCUCUCAGCAGCUGAAAAUAAAUGGAAACCUUUGACAGGCAUGACUGCAGUGCAGGCCCUUACUACAAAACCUUUGAUUAUUAAGACAAACAAACAGCAAGAUCAGUUAGAGGGAAAGAGCCAAGGCCUCAAGAUUGAGAUCAAGAGCAAGAAUAGAGUCCGACCAGGAUCCCUCUUUGACGAGGUACGAAAGACGGCUCGGUUAAAUCAGAGAACCAGAUAUCGGGACAGUUCAAGUGAAGAGGAAUCUCUUCCAGCAACAGGAGAAAGGGUUGGGUCCCAUAAUCACUCUCGGGACAAGUCACGGUCUGUGUCCAGUCAAAUGUCCCACCGUAGAAGCAGGUCCCAUUCGUAUAGCCGCUCCAGGAGUAGGUCCAGAAGCGACACCUACACUUCCAGGAGCUAUAGUAGAAGUAGGAGUAGACACAGUAAAGGCCACUCUCGUUCUCGAAGUAGCACCUACAGAAGUUAUCGUAGCCACACAUACAGUAGGAGUCGCUCUAGAAGUCAGUACAGAGGUCAUCACAGAUCAAGGUCUGACUCUUAUGAUAGCUACUCUAGUCACAGUCGUAGCAAGAGACGACGGCAUAGGAGAAGUGAGAGCUCUGACCGCAGGUCCAGGUCAUAUCACUCAUACAGUCGCAGUUCCUCCAGGCGGCGAAGUCCCAGUCGAAGCAGUUGAUACAGCAGUUUAAAUUUCAGACAUUAGCCUUCUUGUCAUUGAUAUGAUUUUAGGUUUGUUUUGUAAAGAAUGUACUUCGUCCUACACUUAUCACCAUGUGCUAUGUUAUUUAAACACCAUAGUUUUUUAUGUUGCAUUUUUCAUGUAAGGCUGUGUAUGAAUGUACUUUUGAAACAAAUUUAGACUAAAUAAGUAAACCUACUUUUUCUUGUCUACUUGUAUACUAUUAUAAACAAAAGUUUGUGAGGAGCAUAAAAUCCUUCCAACUGUAACUCCAAGGUUACAAACAGCCAUUUACCUCACUCCUUUGAAAGUGAACUUCCGAAAUGUCAGUCAGUCAUGUUUGGAAAGGUUUUGCCAUACAGUUCUAAAACACGAGAUGGGCAUCCUAUCAAGUCUAAGCAGCGUUUUUAUGGUUUUUCUUUAAUUCAAAAGAAAUUUAUGAGAAAGAUGGACAUAUGAGGAAAGGUUUAGUUGUUGGCUAAAUGAAUUUUUUGUGUUUAAAUGGUUGUUCUCCUAGCUUUUUUAACGUUGUAUAUAAAACACCACCAACAAAAAGAUAUGCUUGUGUAAUGUAUAUAGCACUGCUUAUUGAUACAUCAUUUAAACGUAAUAAACGAAACCUGCCAAUUUAAUUGUUUUGUAAGUG